AACAAAAUUCUGUUUUGUAAACAAAACGCGCAUAUAAAUGAUUUUGUUUUUUAUUUUAACAUUUUCGUACAUAUUUUACGAUGUAAAGAAAAGCUCUGUACUUUAAUUAAAUAAAAAUAAAACUACUUAUCUACUAAUUUAACAAGAACUAGUAUCUUAUCUAAAAUGGACAGUGGAACCGCCAAAAAACUAAAACUUGCCUUAGCCUUGGCAACUGUUGCUUAUAUUGGCUUAAAUGCUUACAAUUUACAUCUUGAAGAAGAAGAAUCCAAAGAAAAGAAGAAAAAACGACAAGAAACAUUAAAACGCAAAUAUGAACAAGCUCGUGCUAAUUCCUCGUCCAGCGAGGACGAAGUAAACUAUCAACCUCGACGGAGGUUAAGUUUCCAAAGACAAGUCAAAAUAGAACAGCAAAGCAAUGACGAGUUGACUCCACCAGGUGUCGAUAUGAAUGAAGACCUAAAAGUCUCUCAUGUCGAGAAUUUUAAUGAAAAACGAAGAGAAUCAGAUUUUGUCGACCUUGUGUCGAAGUAUUCUGAUGAAAUGUUCAAAGACGUCUUCCAUGUCUCUCGGAACACAGCAGAAAGGCUCUACAUUCAAUUCAAGUCCAGCCCAGAAUACGACAAUAUUUUCAAACUCAAUGACCAAACAAGAAUUCCAGCAAAACAUUACAUUUGGAUGUUCCUCUGGUUCGUUGGGAGAAAGGGCACAUACCUUGAACUGUCUUCAAUGUUCAAUGUAUCGCUGUCCAAAGCUGUCUCCGUUGUGGACACAGUUCUUCAGUUUUUGAACAACUCCGCUCGGGAAUUCAUCCAAUUUCCUGAAUCAAACACAGACAUGAGAAACUCUGCAGACAGUUUCGAACAAAUCGCUGACUUCCCUGAUGUCAUCGCUUGUUUGUUAAACACUCGAAUCCAGACAAAAGGUACCAAGACACCUUUUUGGAUUCAAGUACUUUGUGAUUCAAAAGGUCGUUUUCUUGAUGUUUUUAUUGAAUCCACUAGCGACUUACAUCCCACUGCAGUUCUUGAAAAUUCCCCAAUUAACGAGAAGAUAAAAAAUAUCUGCCAAAGAAGAUAUCACAUUCUAGCCAAACAAGAUUACUUUGUCAGAGAAUGGCUACUAACUCCAAUUGAUGAACCAACUUCCAAAGAACAAAUCUGGUAUAAUCGCCAACAUUCCAAGACCAUGAAUGUGGUUCUAGAUUCGUUGGAGAUUCUCAUACAACGAUUUCCACAAUUGACUGCAAUGCAGUUUUUUAGUUCGUACAAAAUCAAAAGAAUGAUAAAUGCCUGCUGUAUUCUGCAGAAUAUUUGCCUCGAAGAAGAGGAUUUCUUUGAUGCUGAAGUUGAUCCUAUGAUGGUGGCGCUAGCAGGUGCUAAGAAUGAUGAAGGUCAAACAAAGCAGAGGCCAGAAGAUAUUGAGUGUCAUUUGCGUAAAAUUGGUGAAUUGAAAAGGAAACAAAUUUACAUCGAAUUGAAGAAAGAAGAGAGGACAUGAGUCUUAUGUCCAAAUGUGACCUUAAAAGCUUUCAUUUGUUAUUUAAACUGAAUUUACUUCUUUUUUUUUUGUUUAUGAAGUUACGUUAUUUUUGU